AUGUGACGUAUUGUUUAUAUAAUCCCAGGCCGCAGUUUUCUUCUGCAGUUUCGAUCUGUUUACAUAGCAAAUCAAAACACUUCGAAUCAUUUAAUACUAACUUCGUCAUGGAUACUAAAAUGAUAGUGCCGAUUUUCGUAGUAAUUUUGGCCGUGGCGAGCGCCGGGAUGGUUGGAGCCCCAGUGGGUAUUGACAUGACUGAUCAAGGCGCUCAAGAAGCGUUAAAUUAUGCUAUGGUACAGUACAACAGGGCAAGCAACGAUGCGUUUGUGCGAGGGGUUUCCGAAGUCUUCGAAGUCCAAAGACAAGUUGUCGCUGGCCUGAAAUACAUCUUCACUGUGAAGUUGGCUAGAACCAGCUGCAGAAAGGGUGGAGUCGAGACCGAUUGCGUCGCUGAUGCUGCGAACCAAGAUGUGCCUUAUUGCAAAAUCGUGGUCUGGAGCCAGUCAUGGAGAAACUCAAUCAAGGUCAUGGAAAACACCUGCCCAUAGACCACGUACUAGUGCCGUCUGGAGGAUUUCGUAGUCGUCCAGCAAUAAAUCUGACGUGGAUUUUAGUAAACCGUUUUUAUUGUUUGAAAUUAUUUUUUCUGUCUCUAUAAUCUUUAUCAACAACAGAUCAUUCAAUAAGAAUGCUCCAUAACAUACCCCAUCGACCAUGGCAUCUUUUUAAAGUUUAUUGAUUAGAAAUUUUUAAAUAAUAAAAGGCAUGUUUCUGUAUUUGUUUAUUCUUUACUAUUAAAACAUGGUGGCUCAUU